GAACUCCACUGCUUCAAGCAGGCUCAGCCUACAUGUACGACAGUUAUGAUGAACUCGUGGAUAAGCUCCACAAAAUCAGAGACGAACUCGCUCAGAACCCAGACAGAGUGUCUUCCAACUGUGGCCCACUUGUGUUCGGAAUCCUCGGAAUGGGAGUUGUUGGCCAAGGAGCCAGAGAUGUGUUCAUUGAACUCGGAGCUCAGCAAAUUCCUGCUGAAAGUUUGGAAGCAAUCGAUCAGCUUGACAGUUCCAAGAUGUAUUAUGUCGAACUUGGAAGAAAACAUUUCUUGCAGAAAGAUGGAAAGUGUGAAUUCUCACACGAAGACUACACCCUCAACAAAUCUGAUUAUGAGAAUGUGUUCUGCCAAAAGUAUCUGAGCAAACUCAGCGUCCUUGCCCUCAGCAUUGCUUGGACACCAGAAUAUCCUCCAUUGAUCACCAAAGAAGGCAUUGAUUCGCUGUUAAACGAUCCUCACAGCAGACUGAUGGCGAUUGGAGACCUGGCUUGCAUUGCAAACGGGCCUGUCGAAUUCUUAAAGUCAUGCAAAACAAGCGAGAGUCCAUUCUUCUACUAUGACUCUACAAACGGAGUCUCAGACUUUGCUGAAGAAGCUGCAUCUGACUCAAUAAUUUACUUGGCUGUUGAGAAGUUGCCAUCAGAAUUGCCUAAAGAAGGUUCCCAUAUGUUUGAGUCUUCACUAUCAGCCUACUUAAAAGAUAUUUGUGAGAAAGAAACGCUUGAUUAUGAACACAUGGAUGAUGAACUUAAAACAGGAGCAAUCAUUAGCAAAGGACAGUUCACCGACAAGUAUUCGUAUCUAGGCUAAUCUCCAACUUUACAAGUGUUCAAUA